AUGGUAGAUGUACAUGGUAUAUAUCCAGCAGAGGAGGAUAGACUGCGACCGGACUUACUAUAGGUGAACUUGUUGUUGUUGUUGUUGGUGGUGGUGUUGUUGUUGCUGUCUUUUCCCGUAGGAACUUUUUUCCUUCGUAGAAACAUCUAGUAUUUCCACUUGUGUAGUACUGGGAGCUCUGUACGAUUUAAUUCACCCACUGUUCCACAUAUUCGCAAACACAAUGCGAAAUUGUGAAAGUAAAGGUGAAAUAGCCGUUGACAUCAGUAUAUCCUAGGUUUGAAAAGUCUCCAAGCUGAUUAGAAUGUUGUUGGAUCUUUGUUUGGGGAAAGUAGCCUAUAUACUGUUUGGCUCUUGAUGGAUCGAAUGUUUGGUUGGUGA